UUCUGGGUCCAUUCAUUGUAAUAAGCCGCAUGUUCUGACAUCGACCAUGGCGUACGAGUAAGAAAAAGAUAGAAUCUCGGUAGUUUCGAAAAAGCAAAAAAAAUAAAAAAGGUUGUCUCUUGUCUCCUCGAUAGAUAAAGAUUAUAUUAGAUUCGAUUUCACCCGCGUAUCAAUGGGGAAGGUGGCGGUCGGAGCUGCGGUCGUUUGCGCGGCGGCGGCGUGUGCUGCGGUGGCGCUGGUGGUGCGCCACCGCAUGAGGAGCUCCGGAAAGUGGGGUCGCGUGGUGGCUAUUGUGAAAGAGUUUGAGGAGCAGUGUAGGACCCCAAUUGGGAAGCUGAGACAGGUUGCUGACGCCAUGGACGUUGAGAUGCACGCGGGUCUUGCUUCUGAAGGUGGCAGCAAGCUCAAGAUGUUGAUCACUUAUGUUGAUAAUCUCCCUUCUGGGGAUGAGAAAGGACUCUUUUAUGCAUUAGACCUUGGUGGCACAAACUUCCGAACCCUUCGCGUGCAUUUAGGUGGGAAGGAGAAAGGUGUUGUCAAAAUAGAGUCUGAUGAAGUUUCCAUUCCUCCUCAUUUGAUGACUGGUUCUUCACAAGAAUUAUUUGAUUUUAUAGCAUCUAAACUAGCAAAAUUCGUUAGUUCUGAGCCUGAAGAGUUACACCCUCCCCCUGGCAGACAAAGGGAAUUGGGUUUUACCUUCUCAUUUCCAGUGAGGCAAACAUCAAUUGCAUCUGGGAAUAUAAUAAAGUGGACUAAAGGUUUCAAUAUUGAGGAUGCGGUUGGAGAAGAUGUGGUGGGUGAACUGACCAAGUCCUUAGAAAAAAUUGGUCUGGAUAUGCAUGUUGCAGCUCUAGUUAAUGACACAGUUGGAACAGUGGCUAGAGCAAGAUUCAGCAAUCAGGAUGUCAUUGCUGGAGUGAUUCUUGGUACUGGGACAAAUGCAGCUUAUGUAGAGUGUGCACAUGCAAUUCCAAAAUGGCAUGGUCUUCUACCAAAAUCAGGAGAGAUGGUUAUUAACAUGGAGUGGGGUAAUUUCCGUUCCUCGCAUCUUCCUCUAACAGAAUAUGAUCAUGCUCUAGAUGCAGAGAGCUUAAACCCUGGAGAACAGAUUUUUGAGAAGAUAAUUUCUGGUAUGUAUUUGGGUGAAAUUGUAAGGAGAGUUUUGUUGAAGUUGGCUGAAGAAGUUGACUUCUUUGGAGAUACUGUUCCUCCAAAAUUGAGAAUUCCUUUCGUACUUAGGACACCUGACAUGUCUGCAAUACAUCAAGAUACAUCUUCAGAUCUGAAGGUGGUUGGAAACAAAUUGAAGGAUAUAUUAGAGAUCAAUAACACAUCCCUGAAAAUGAGGAAGAUUGUUGUGGAACUCUGUGAUAUUGUUGCUAAUCGGGGAGCCCGCCUUUCUGCUGCUGGUAUUUUUGGCAUCCUCAAGAAAAUAGGAAGAGACACAGUAAAGGACGGGAAGAAAUCAGUAGUAGCACUGGAUGGAGGAUUGUUUGAACACUAUACUAAAUUCAGAAGUUCCUUGGAGAGUACACUAAAGGAGUUGUUGGGAGAUGAGGCAGCUGAGACAAUUGGCAUUGAGCAGUCUAAUGAUGGCUCUGGAAUUGGAGCAGCCCUCCUGGCAGCUUCUCACUCCCAGUAUUUGGAAGUGCAGGAGUCCUGAAGAUGUGGUUUAAUGUCAAGGUAAAUCAGUGUAACACUAGUUUCAUUUUUUUGUAUACCUACUAGAUCAACAGAUUGAAGCAGAAAAGUCUUCGUUACUAGUCCUAGAGAGCUUUUAACCAGGAAGGUGGACCAAGUCCACAGUGGAGUUAUUUGUAGGGCUGUGUUCUUCUUGCUGCAAAUGCAACAUUGCUGCUUCUCGGCUAAUUACUGGUGCAUUGUUUUGGUUACAGUGUUUGUCUCUCCCACAUCAAAGAAUAAUAGGAGAGAUGUAAACUUUUGAGUUGUCUCGUUUUCCCAAUGUAACAUGUUUUCAAUGAGAAUAAGUCAGGAUUAAUUUAUUGACAAAGGUGAAUGAUUUCAAUUCAAGGCUUUUGCGAGUUAUCAAUGAAGAGUUGAGUUUAUUUAUUAUUU